AUGAAACUUGUUCUUUGGUUCAUCGCUGGUGUCACUGCUGGUUCCUUGGUUUGUCGCUGGUGUCACUGCUGGUUCCUUGGUUCAUCGCUCGUGUCACUGCUGCUUCCUUGGUUUGUCGCUGGUGUCACUGCUGGUUCCUUGGUUUGUCGCUGGUGUCACUGCUGGUUCCUUGGUUCAUCGCUCGUGUCACUGCUGGUUCCUUGGUUUGUCGCUGGUGUCACUGCUGGUUCCUUGGUUUGUCGCUGGUGUCACUGCUGGUUCCUUGGUUUGUCGCUGGUGUCACUGCUGGUUCCUUGGUUUGUCGCUGGUGUCACUGCUGGUUCCUUGGUUCGUCGCUGGUGUCACUGCUGGUUCCUUGGUUUGUCGCUGGUGUCACUGCUGGUUCCUUGGUUCGUCGCUGGUGUCACUGCUGGUUCCUUGGUUUGUCGCUGGUGUCACUGCUGGUUCCUUGGUUCGUCGCUGGUGUCACUGCUGGUUCCUUGGUUUGUCGCUGGUGUCACUGCUGGUUCCUUGGUUUGUCGCUGGUUCGGUCUCUUCCCACAUCUCAAACAUCACUCCAAAUAUUUACUCAGUGCAGAUGAACCACGCCCAAAGUACAUCACGUAUUCUGACUCAGCCUGA